AUGCUAUUCGUGUACCAUAUUUCUUCUUCUUUAUUGAAGUAAAAUAGGCGUACAAGAAGGAGAGGAACAGAGAAGGAGAGGAACAAGACAUUUGUGACAGCAAUUAAUCAUUUCAAGUAAAGCCUUAAUUACUAGCGCAGAGAGCAUAUUGGUACCAAGUUUGGUUUGGUGAGCUGUGUAUUUCUGCACCCAUUCUCAUUUUUUAUAGCAGUCUUCAAUCACAUGGCCACUGCAUCAUCAUAAAUCUCAGUUACCUCUCUCUCUCUCUCUCUCUCCCUUGAGUGAAGAUGUAAAAUCAGUGUGUAAAAUCAUGAGCUCUGAGAGUAGUUUUCUUCUCCAUUUAUGGUGGAGAAUUCUUUCACUUGCUUUACUUUUAGUUCAUUCUGCUGGACUUAAUACAGAUGGUACUCUCUUGCUUUCUUUCAAGUACUCUAUUCUCAGCGACCCUCUUUACGUGCUAGAGAGCUGGACAAAGGACGAGGAGUCGCCAUGUUCAUGGAAAGGAGUUACAUGUGCAGCUCCAGGCUUAGCUGCCGAUACUCAGUACGCUCCAGUGAUCGCCUUAGCUCUACCAAAUUCGCAGCUUCUCGGUUCGAUUCCUGCCAAUCUGGGCAUGAUUGAACACCUCCAAAAUCUCAACCUUUCCAACAAUUCUCUCAAUGGGUCUCUUCCUUCUUCGCUCUUCAACGCAACUCAGCUUCAGUUUCUUGAUUUGUCAAACAACUUGAUCUCUGGGGAGCUACCAGAGACAAUAGGCCAGCUUAAAAACGUCCAGUUUCUUAACCUCUCUGACAAUGCCUUGGCGGGAAGUGUACCCAACAACCUUACUACCCUCAGAAAUCUAACCGUUGUUUCUUUGAAGAACAACUACUUUUCCGGUACUAUUCCGAGCGGGUUCGAAGCUGUUCAAGUUUUAGAUCUGUCCUCGAAUCUGAUGAAUGGAUCUUUACCGUCUGACUUUGGUGGUUCUAGUCUACGUUACUUGAACAUCUCUUAUAACAGGUUUUCUGGGAAUAUCCCACCAGGGUUUGCCGAGAAAAUUCCAGGUAAUGCUACUAUUGACUUGUCAUUCAACAAUCUCAACGGAGAAAUCCCUGAAUCGGAUGUUUUCAUGAACCAAGACUCCAAAUCAUUUUCUGGGAAUCUUGAUCUGUGUGGAGAACAAACCAAGAAUCCGUGUCCUAUUCCUUCUUCUCCUUCAUCUUCUCCGCUUAAUGACUCUGCUCCUACUUCUCCUCCUGCAAUUGCUGCCAUUCCAAAGACGAUGAAUUCAACCGAAGAAAACUUUGCACCCGGAUCACCAACUGGAUCGUCUCAGCAAGGAAGUCAAAACGGGCUGAGACCAGCAACGAUCAUAGGAAUUGUACUCGGAGAUGUUGCAAUCAUUGCAAUUCUCGCUUUGAUUUUCCUGUACGUGUACCGACUGAAGAAGAAAAAGAAGAGCGCCGAUAACACAGCGAAGCAAGAAGCUAACACAGCUACGGAUAAUAUGUCAUCAUCGUCCUCCGAGUCAAGAGGGUUCACGAGGUGGUCAUGCUUGCGAAAGACAGCGGAAGAGGAAGAUGGCUCAGAGGCAACGAGCUCUGACGAUGGGGAAUUAGGAGAACACCAUGGCGGCCAAAGGGGUCAAGAAAAUCAACAUCAUCAUCGGCAACAAGAGCAGGAGCAGGGCAAAGGAGGGACACUGGUGACCUUCGAUGGUGGGGAGAAACAACUGGAGCUUGAGACGCUGCUAAAGGCUUCAGCCUAUAUAUUAGGCGCCACUGGUUCGAGCAUAAUGUACAAGGCAGUGCUCGAAGAUGGGACAGCAGUUGCGGUCCGGAGGAUCGGCGAGAGCAGCGUGGAGCGGUUCAAAGACUUCGAGAACCAGGUCCGUGUCAUAGCUAAGUUAGUGCACCCCAACCUGGUUCGCAUUCGUGGCUUCUACUGGGGUAUCGACGAGAAGCUCAUCAUCUAUGACUUCGUUCCCAAUGGCAGCCUCGCCAUUGCUCGUUACAGGAAAGUGGGCUCCUCGCCUUGCCAUCUACCAUGGGAGUUCAGGCACAAGAUAGCCAAAGGUGUGGCCCGCGGCCUUGCUUACCUCCACGACAAGAAGCACGUGCAUGGAAACUUGAAGCCUAGCAACAUCCUCUUGGGCUCCGAUAUGGAGCCCAAGAUUGGGGAUUUUGGGCUUGAGAGACUUGUAUCCGGUGACACGAGCUAUAAAGCUGGAGCUUCGGCUCGAAUUUUUGGGAGCAAGAGAUCCACAACCUCGCGUGAUAGCUUUCAAGAUAUUGCAAUUGGGCCUAGUCCUAGCCCCAGCCCAAGCUCAUUGGGCGUAUCGCCUUAUAAUGCACCGGAGUCACUUAGAAGCCUAAAGCCCAAUCCAAAGUGGGAUGUGUACUCUUUUGGGGUUAUGUUACUUGAGCUACUUACUGGGAAGGUUAUAGUUUUAGAUGACAUGGGCCAAGGAACUGGGCUUAUAGUUGAGGAUAAGAGUCGGGCUUUGAGGAUGGCUGACGCAGCAAUCCGCGUUGAUUUGGAAGGAAAAGAAGAAGCUUUGUUGGCUUGCUUCAAGCUAGGGUACAACUGUGUCUCUCCAAUCCCACACAAGAGACCCUCAAUGAAAGAAGUCCUACAAGUUCUUGAGAGAAUUCCAUCUUCAUCGUCUUCGUCACACUACUACGGUUCCUAAGAAGAUUGUAACACUUUUGUAGAUCAGAGUGGUGUAUGUAUGAUUGAUUCAUAGGUUGUCAUACGGUCUCGAUGUUGUUUGAAUACAUCUUGUGGUGAGAAACUAAUUUGCCUGCUAAUUUCAGAGUCGGUCCAUACCCCUUUUCAGAUACAA